AGCCAGGCACUGGGCAGCACACACUGGAGACCCAGGACCCUGUGCAGGAGCAGCUCCGGGUGACACGAGGAGACUGAAGAUACUCCCACAGGGGCUCAGCAGGAGCAAUGGGUAACCAAAUGAGUGUUCCCCAAAGAACUGAAGACCAAGAGAACGAACCAGAAGCAGAGACUUACAAGGACAACGCGUCUGCUCUGAACGGGGUUCCGGUGGUGGUGUCGACCCACACAGUUCAGCACUCAGAGGAAGUCGACUUGGGAAUAAGUGUCAAGACGGAUAAUGUGGCCACUUCUUCCCCCGAGACAAUGGAGAUAAGUGCUGUCGCGGAUGCCAACGGAAAGAAUCUUGGGAAAGAGGCCAAACCCGAGGCACCAGCUGCUAAAUCUCGUUUUUUCUUGAUGCUCUCUCGGCCCGUACCAGGACGUACCGGAGACCAAGCCACAGAUUCAUCCCUUGGAUCAGUGAAGCUUGAUGUCAGCUCCAAUAAAGCUCCAGCGAACAAAGACCCAAGUGAGAGCUGGACACUUCCGGUGGCAGCUGGACCGGGGCAGGACACAGAUAAAACCCCAGGGCACGCCCCGGCCCAAGACAAGGUCCUCUCUGCCGCCGGGGAUCCCACGCUUCUCCCACCUGAGACAGGGGGAGCAGGAGGAGAAGCUCCCUCCAAGCCCAAGGACUCCAGCUUUUUUGACAAAUUCUUCAAGCUGGACAAGGGACAGGAAAAGGUGCCAGGUGACAGCCAACAGGAAGCCAAGAGGGCAGAGCAUCAAGACAAGGUGGAUGAGGUUCCUGGAUUAUCAGGGCAGUCCGAUGAUGUCCCUGCAGGGAAGGACAUAGUUGACGGCAAGGAAAAAGAAGGACAAGAACUUGGAACUGUGAAUUGCUCUGUCCCUGGGGACCCAGAAGGACUGGAGACUGCAAAGGACGACUCCCAGGCAGCAGCUAUAGCAGAGAAUAAUAAUUCCAUCAUGAGUUUCUUUAAAACUCUGGUUUCACCUAACAAAGCUGAAACAAAAAAGGACCCAGAAGACACGGGUGCUGAAAAGUCACCCACCACUUCAGCUGACCUUAAGUCAGACAAAGCCACCUUUACAUCCCAGGAGACCCAAGGGGCUGGCAAGAAUUCCAAAGGAUGCAACCCAUCGGGGCACAUACAGUCCGUGACAACCCCUGACACUGCGAAGGAAAGCACCAAGGAGAAAUCAGGCCCCACCUCUCUGCCUCUGGGCAAACUGUUUUGGAAAAAGUCAGUUAAAGAGGACUCAGUCCCCACAGGUGCAGGGGAGAAUGUGGUGUGUGAAUCACCAGUAGAGAUUAUAAAGUCCAAGGAAGUAGAAUCAGCCUUACAAACAGUGGACCUCAACGAAGGAGAUGCUGCACCUGAACCCACAGAAACGAAACUCAAAAGAGAAGAAAGCAAACCAAGAACCUCUCUGAUGGCAUUUCUCAGACAAAUGUCAGUGAAAGGGGAUGGAGGGAUCACCCACUCAGAAGAAAUAAAUGGGAAAGACUCCAGCUGCCAAACGUCAGACUCCACAGAAAAGACUAUCACACCACCAGAGCCUGAACCAACAGGAGCACCACAGAAGGGUAAAGAGGGCUCCUCGAAGGACAAGAAGUCAGCAGCCGAGAUGAACAAGCAGAAGAGCAACAAGCAGGAAGCCAAAGAACCAGCCCAGUGCACAGAGCAGGCCACAGUGGACACGAACUCACUGCAGAAUGGGGACAAGCUCCAAAAGAGACCUGAGAAGCGGCAGCAGUCCCUUGGGGGCUUCUUUAAAGGCCUGGGACCAAAGCGGAUGUUGGAUGCUCAAGUGCAAACAGACCCAGUAUCCAUCGGACCAGUUGGCAAAUCCAAGUAAACAAAUCAGCAUGGUUCCCACCAGGUUCUCCUGCCACCAAGAUGUGUUCUCCUUACUCCAUCUCCUCCCCAAACACGCUCCAUGUAUAUAUUCUUCUGAUGGCCAGCAAAUGAAAUUCUGCCUAGAAAUUAAGCCUGAGCUGUUGUAUAUUGAGGUGUAUUAUUUACGUCUCUGGUCCAGUCUUUUCUGGCAAAUAACUGUAAAGAUGGUUUAGCAGGUCACCUAGUUGGGUCAGAAGAGUCGAUGAUCACCAAGCAGGAAAGGGAGGGAAUAGAGGAAUGUGUUCGGGUUAAGUGAUGAAAAUGGCAGUGGUGGCCGGGCAUGGUGGCUCUCGCCUGUAAUCCCAGCACUUUGGGAGGCCGAGGCAGGUGGAUCACCUGAGGUCAGGAGUUCAACACUAGCCUGGCCAACAUCGUGAAACCCCAUCUCUACUAAAAAUACAAAAAUCAGCCAGGCAUGGUGGCACACACCUGUAGUCCCAGCUACUUGGGAGCCCAAGGCACGAGAACCGCUUGUACCCAGGAGGUGGAGGUUGCAGUGAGCCAAAGUUGCACCAUUGCACUCCACCCCGGGAGACAGAGCAAGAUUCUAUCAAAAAAAAAAAAAAAAAAAAAAGGCAGUGGCAAGUAAGUUAUAGAAGAGGAAUUGCUGCUAGAAGGAAUUAAGCGUUGUAGUAAACGCGUGCUCAUCCUCUAAGCUUGAAGAGGGGAGACGAAAAUCCAUUUGUUUAGAUUCACAUCUCAAGGAGGGAGAACCCGGGCUGUGUUGGGUGGUUGCCAAUUUCCUAGAAUGGAAUGUGUGGGGUAUAGAAAAAGGAAUGAAUAAGCGUUGUUUUUCAAAUAGGGUCCUUGUAAGUUAUUGAUGAGAGGGAAAAGAUUGACUGGGGAGGGCUUAAAAUGAUUUGGGAAAACAAUUGCUUUUGAGGCUGAGUGACAAGGGCAAAGAUUACAACUCAAAAAAAUAAAAUAAAGGAAGUUGCACGGUUAUUUUGCAACACAAGGGGGCGGCAAGGUCCCCAUUUUUAUCCUGUAUUCUGUAUCCCUAACAAAGAUUUGGUCUCUGCUAUCUUACAUUAUUAAUGUUUCUCAGAUGGCUGAGGGGCUCGCUUCAUCUGUUCCGUCUGACACUUAUCUCAAGUGUGUCUGUCAUUCCUAAUGUUCUCAGGAUGUGCUCUGAUAAAACCCUCCCCAUAACCUCAGUUAAUAAAAAUUUACAGAAGAUUUCUCAAAUACCUGAGUUGUUUUUAAUACCUGUACAAAAGAGUAAAUAGGACCCUGAGUCUAUUAAAAUGUAAUUCAAAGUAGCAUAUGAUUGACUGACAGUCAUGUAAACUGUAUCUUUCUUUUUCUGAUUUAAUAAAAAAAUACAUUUACUUCUAAAGUA